AUGCCUUCUCGGUAUAGAUCUUCUCUUUGUGCCAUCAGCCUCGCUGCUGCUGCCGGCACCCUCGCCAAUGCCGCGCCGUGCGACAUCUACGCCCGCGGCGGCACGCCUUGCGUCGCCGCGCACAGCACUACCCGUGCCCUCUACGACUCGUACGCCGGCCCUCUGUACUCGGUGAGACGCAACACGGACGGCCAGGUGCACAGUAUCCACCCGCGGUCCGCCGGCGGCGUUGCCAACGCCGAGGAGCAAGACCGGUUCUGCUCCCAGGCCGUCUGCACCAUUGCCACCAUCUACGACCAGUCCGGCCACGGCAACGAUGCCACCAAGGCGAUCGGCGGCCCUGACUACAUGAAGGGCGAAGACACAGGCGACGCGGACUGGGAGGCCGGCGCCAUGGGCGCCCCCGUCACCCUCAACGGGCAAAAGGCGUACGGCAUCUUUGUGCCGCCGGGCACAGGCUACCGCAGCGCGCACGGCAACGGCACGGCCCGCGGGGACGAGCCCGAAGGCAUGUACGCCGUCGUCGACGGCACGCACUACAACAACCACUGUUGCUUCGACUACGGCAACGCCGAAACGAGCCUGACGGACACGGGCAACGGCCACAUGGAGGCCCUCUUCUUCGGCAACACGGGCGGGCCCGCCGGCUCCGGCCCGUGGAUCAUGGCCGAGAUGGAAAACGGUCUCUUCCUGACGCAGCACGUCAACGAGCGGCCCGCCGGCAAGGAGAUGAAGCACCGCUUCGUCACGGCCACGCUCCGCGGCGAGCCGCACCACUGGGCCAUCCGCGGCGGCGACGCCACCGGCGGCAGCCUGCGCACCAUCUACGACGGCGGCCGCCCGCCCGCCAACAAGCGCGGCGCCUACGACCCCAUGUCCAAGGAAGGCUCCAUCGUGCUCGGCAUCGGCGGCGACAACAGCCACACCUCGCAGGGCACCUUUUACGAGGGCGUCAUGACGUCGGGCUACCCGCGCAGCGACGUCGAGGACCAGGUGCAGGCCGACAUUGCGCGCCAGCGCUACGCCCCGGGGAGCCGCAACAGCGGCCCGGCCGUCAAGGUCGGCUCGACCGUCUCCUUCCGCGCCACCACCUCGUGCUGCACGACGCGCUACGUAUCGCGCGCCGCCAACUCGGACGACGUCGGCAUCGACUUUGCCAACGACGACGGACAGAAGCGGCGCGCGCGCUGGGUUGUCCGCCAGGGCCUCGGCAGCCGCGACUGCUAUUCGUUUGAGAGCGCCGAGCGGCCCGGCAGCUUCAUCCGCCACUACGCCAACGGCCUCGUCGUCAACAAGAACGACGGCUCCAAGCUCUUCUCCGAGGACGCCACGUUCUGCAUCCAGGCCGGCGUCAACGGCCAGGGCGCCACCGUCCGCUCCUGGAGCCAGGCCGCGCGCUACUGGCGCCACUAUGACGCCCGCAUGCACAUCUCGUACCCCGGCGGCAAAUACAAGUUUGACAGCAAGAAGUCGUUCAACGACGACGCUAGCUUUGUCAUUAGCGGUGCCGUCUAA